GUCGUUCUCCUCUUCUUCGCCCUACGAUAAGAGGAUCAAGACCCAACUGGUGGCUGAUGUGUUCACCUUGCUUGGUAUACCACCCUACAGCCACGACGCCGUCGAAAAUGCAUGCAAGGAGGAGCAAGCGAAACGUUUGCAAGGCCAGUCAAAAUCAUUGUCCAUCACGCGGUCGCACACAGUCUCAACGAUUAAAUCGGCAUCCCUGAAGAGUUUGGGGGAGGCUGAGCGGCGACUGAUUCUCGAGUCUCACGAGGAAAACAUGCGAAGUGGGCACCUGACUCGAAUCUAUCCUCGUCAGGCUUCCGGCGCAUAUUCUCAGUUCUUCGCGUCUCAGAGGUACACAAACCUCGUCUUGGAGCGAUGGAUUCAGUUGGGUGGAGAGCGCCUGGGGUGA